AUGUCGGCCCCAUCCGAUCACCCACCUGGUCCGACACUCAGCCAACCAACCACCGAUGCAUCUCAUAGCGCCUCCGAUGCCCAGUCGUUCAAGCGUACCUACUUGACCUCUUUGAGCAAAGACCGGAUCAUCGAGAUAUGCCUGCUCCUCGACAAGCACGUCUCCGCCGAUGCCCAACCGACCAUCUGGCCCGUCGACGUCGUCGGCAACAGAGAGGCUUCGUCGUCGUCUGAGACCAUCAUACUCAAGCAGGAACCGCAGACCGAGCCAGCACAACCUCUAGCCGGUCCAUCUACCCAGCCACAGGCCGAUGCGUUGUUGCACCCCCAGACAAACGGCAGCGCACCAUUGCUACUCACAAAGUCCGCGAGCCCUUUCCCUGAAAGACCUCCUCCACCACCCCCGGUCGUGCCCUAUCAACAUGUGCCGUACGGGUUCCCUACACACCACACUCCCUACUACACCGGCACAGGUACCGUCGGCGCCACAUCGUACGGAUCUGCCACCACGUCCAGCACGUAUCCAUAUUCACGGCAACAGUCUCAGCCAGCGGCACCCGCGAAUGGUAGUGCAGGCGCCGACCUGCCUUCAUACGAGGAUAUGAUCGUCGAAGGGCUCGGAGAGCUUGGCGCGUCAGAUCCGGAGGGCGCCGCGCCGAAGACACUGUUCAACUGGAUGAGCGCCCGGUGGCCGCUGCAGAUCAACUUCCGCCCAAGCGCCAGCCAGGCGCUACAAAAGGCAUACAAACGCGGCCGAUUGGAGAAGAAUCAGAACGGCAAAUAUAGACUGAACCCGACGUGGGGCGGCGGGAGUACGUCUCGACGUACAACGAGGAGACCCCAGACGCAAUCACAAGCGGCGGCAGCGAGUCCGCCGGUCCAGCCUUCCCCUUCGCCCUUCACACGGACGCCUCUGCAACACACGACGCCGGCUCCUGCGUCCUUUUCCUCAACGUCAACUGGAACCUACACCUAUGGCUCUCAAAUCCAAUACAACGCAUAUACGCCAGCAUCUUACGCCGCCUCUGCGUCGCCGCCCACCAUCUCGCACGAGAUGAACGGGCUGAACGCACUUAACACGCUUACGGUCCCUAAGACAGAACCGGUGGAUCCGGCGGCGAGUGCGGCCGUCGACGCUUGGGACGCUGCGCAGCGCAUCUUGAGCGCGUUCAAUCUGGAUCCGCUGUGCACCGCGCGGAUGCAUGACGACAUGGAACCAGCUAUGGUGGGCAAGGGCAAGGAGCGUGAAGAAGCGCCCGCCGUUGACGACAGCGGCGCGAGUCCGGAGGCUCGUGCGGCGCUGCAGGCGCAGUUGACCCUCUUGGCGUCGCAGCUGACGGAGAUUGCGGAGGAGGAGGGCGUGGAUAUCGCGAGCGACCUCGCGCACGGGUGGUCCAUGUCGGUGACAGAGCCGGAGAGGAGGGCAGAUGGAGAGAUACGGCCGAAGCAGGAGGACAUGGAGAUGACCCUGGUGGACUUGAACGGGCGGGUUGGUCACGAAGGCGGAGCCGGAUGA